AUUUACCCCUCCACCAACCACUAUAAUCCCAAUUUCUAACCAUUCCUACUGAUAAUCACCAAUACCAACACUUUCCAGGCAAAAUUGAUCCAUAGGUUUUUUUUUGGUUCAAAAUCAGUAUUAGGUAGCCUCAGACUUCACAACCUGGCGUCAUUACCAUUUCGUUUCAAGGCCGGAGGCGACAAUAAAAUGCCUUCAGCCACUCAUUCCCACCGGCCAACUACCAAGGUUGCGCCGAAGUCCUUUAAAUCCAGGAAAGCCACCAGGGGCGCUUUACGGGACCAGGCAAAAGGCAAAGUACCAAAUGAAAAAGGUCAGCGCAAGACUCCUCGACAGCAAGUCAUGUCCAAAUUUGAUCGCCGAAACCAAGCGAAACAGCGCCAACAAGCAAAACAAAAGGAUCGCCAGAAGGAUGCCUUAGUCUUCUCCGGAAGAGAUGGUGCGCCAAGAAUUGUCGCCGUAAUACCACUCUGCCACGACGUCGACGUCUCUGCUGCCAUCAAAAAUCUCAACAAUAGUCUUGAUAUCGAAUCCGAUGUUCCCCAGUCCAGCUUUCGAGUAUCUGUCGAUCGCUUCAAGCAAAAGCUCCAAUAUGUACCAGUGGGUAGAGAUCUUACUGCGUGUAUUGAUGCGGCCAGGAUUGCAGACUACGUAGUAUUCAUAUUAUCACCCGAGGUCGAGGUUGAUGACUUAGGCCACCUAAUCAUCCGAAGCAUCGAAAACCAAGGCAUGUCGACAUUGUUCACGGCUGUGCAAAACUUGAACACCGUACAACCCGCGAAAGCUCAAGCAGAUGUUGUCAAAUCGCUUGCUUCAUUCAUGACCCAUUUCCACCCAGAACAAGAGAAGAUAUACAACCUUGAUUCAAGACAGGAAUGCUCAAGUCUUAUGAGAUCACUUUGCACUGUAACACCAAAGGGAAUAAAUUGGAGGGAUCAGAGAUCGUGGAUGCUUGUAGAUGAGGUUCAGUGGCCAUCGACUGAAACCGAAUCAACCAUUCUGACUGGUGUGGUUCGAGGACAGGGCCUCAAGGCUGACCGUCUAGUUCACGUGGGAGAUUGGGGAACAUUUCAGAUUGAGAAAAUUACGGCAGCACCUCUUCUAAUUAAGAAACAGAAAGACACCUCGAUGGCCGUAGACGAGGAAGCAGCAGAGCAUAUCUUGGAAAUUCCAAGUGAGGAACAAGACACCCUUGCCGAGUUGGCUCCCGAGGCGAUGAUGGAUGAUGAUAUGAUGGAGGGGGAUGUAAAAGACCUAACAAGCAAAAAGGGGGUGUUACUAGACGAUCAUCACUAUUUCUCCGAAGACGAACCAGAAGAAUAUGCUGCGCCAAAGAAGUUGCCUAAAGGGACAUCAUCUUACCAAUCAGCUUGGUACUUGGACGAUGUAUCAGAUUCGGAAUCCGAGCUAGACGACGAUAUGGAAGAUGUCCAAGAUGAACAAUCUUACGCUAUGGCCCCAGAGGAUGGCCUGGAACGCAUGACAAUCAAUGAGCCCACCGAGCCAGCCAUGUCUGAAUACCCCCAAUCAGAAAUGUUUGAGGAGUUAGACGAUGCCGAUGAUGCGGCCCAGUUGGCGGCAUACCGUGCAAGCAAGCGUGAUGAGGUGGAAGACGACAAGGAGUUCCCCGAUGAGAUCGAGCUACACCCACACGUCUUAGCCAGAGAACGAUUGUGUAAAUACAGAGGACUGAAAAGUUUACAAACCAGCCCUUGGAACACCGAAGAAGACCGACCUUAUCAACCAGAGGAGUGGACAAGACUGUUACAAAUAUCAGACUACCAAUCAUCUCGGAAUCGUUCUAUACGAGAAGCUUUGGUCGGAGGGGUUGCACCUGGGACGAGAGUGCAUGUCCACCUCAGAGCUGUUCCUCAGACGCUCAAAGAGUCAUAUACUCCUUCCAGGCCCAUCAGUCUCUUCUCCCUUCUACGCCACGAAGGCAAGAAAACAUCAUUAAACUUUGAUAUUACUCACAAGGAGGACUAUGAAAAGUCUAUUAAGGCCAAGGAGGAACUCAUUGUUCAAUGCGGCCCUCGAAGAUUCGUUAUCAAUCCGCUCUUCUCGCUCGGCGGCAAUACAGAGAAUGAUGUCCACAAAUAUUGCCGAUAUCUUCACCCUGGUCAGUCCGCGAUCGCGAGCUUCAUGGGUCCCAUCACCUGGGGAGCGGUGCCCACAUUAUUCUUCAAACGAACCGUGCCCAAGGAUGGGGAGGAUGGGUCAGAGCUACCCCUGCAGCUAGUAGCUACAGGCACCGCUCGUGCGUCCUCAAAGUCAAGGGUUGUCGCGAAGCGAGUCAUCCUUACCGGCCACCCUUACCACAUCCACAAAAAGGUGGUGACCAUCCGCUACAUGUUCUUCAACCGCGAGGACUUGGAAUGGUUCAAGGCACUACCAUUGUGGACGAAGAGAGGAAGGACUGGUCACAUCAAAGAGGCUCUGGGUACUCACGGAUACUUCAAGGCCAACUUUGACGGAAGGGUCAACCCGCAAGACUCGGUCGGCGUCAGUCUGUAUAAGCGCGUCUGGCCACGGAGUGCCACUCCUUUUACUGGCCCACUAUUAGAAGCUGCGGCCUCAGGAGUCUCAGACGAGGCUAUGGAUGAGGAUGCUCAGUAAGAUGACUAGAUACUUAUGUAAACCUUCACAGUAUUGAGAUACCACCCUUAUGAUCAUGACCAGGAUGGGUAGAGGAGAUAUCCCAGAGGCGCCAAAUGCAACUUGUUGACUUUAAACAGGCUAGGUGGAGAAGGGAUAUAUAUAGGCAUACAAGGGGCAUGGGCUAUGGAGGGGGAUAUGAAUACACUCGCUUCGUUGCGAAUAGGAAGGAGUACGGUACGGUUGUGUAUGUAUGUAUGUAUCUACCUACCAUACCUAGGUAGGUGGCUUUCACAUCUUAAGGUGUUGGGGAACCAAUGA